AUGUGCGUGUGCAAGGAAUCCUUGGGAGAGGCCGACAGCGUCAAGGGCAUGGCCAUGAUCCGCGAGAGCUUGGCGACGAUCCCUGGAUGGAGCUUGGACGACGCAACCUCGAUGUUGAAGGCCUUGCGCACCAGCGAGUUCGAUGGCGCUCAGCGUUGCGCCCUGGGUGAAAUCAUUAACUCCAAGAUCACUGGCAAGCUCUCGCAGAUGACAGGGAACGUUGUCAAUGCGCAUGACGUUGGCAAGAAGCAGAUUGAGCGCCAGAGCUGUCUGAAAUUCUACAAGUACCUGAGUAAGGAGGACUGGGAUAUCAUUCGCGACCCGUCGGCGCCUUGGGACACCAUCAAGGUUGUCAUCUGCAACCGCUUCUUGCUGCUGGGGUUGUCCAACCCGAACGAGGGCACGUUCAUCGCCGCGUGGUCGGCUGUCGUCGUGGCGCGCACAACACCAGGCCAGCCGAUCUACGCCGACGCGACCGAAGCCCUGAAGAAGAAGGAGGAUAUGCACAGCCACCUGGAGAAGAUCAGGGGCAAGAUGCGCCUGCACUACCACGGGCAGCUCAAGGAUUACCCUGACAACCCCGAGAUGUUGGAGCACCAGCUUCCCGACGCUUUCGCGGCGUUCGCGUCGCGGCCUCCAGUGGCGUGCCCAGUGGUUGAAGAUUCGAUUGAGAUGCUCCGCGUACGCCUCCCGUGCAGGAACUCGAAUUCAUUGGUGAGGCACAUGGACGCCAUCCCUCCCAGCUCCUCUGUCAAAGCGGCGUAA